AUGGGAAGCGUCCGCAGCUGGGAAGAAAUUGCGGCAGACAAACGGUCUCUUCGGGACAGAGCCAUCCAGCCAUACACAGUAUCCGACCUGGACCAACAGCCUCCCCGAGUGCAUAAUGUCCAUGAGCGCUCCCGGAUUGAUGAUCUGGUUUCACAAGAGAUCACCGAUAUACCGAGUGUUCCCGCUCUGCUCGCGCAACUGAGGUCAGGGAAGUACACGGCUGAGCAGGUGACUCUUGCAUAUAUCAAAAGGGCGGUGGUGGCUCAUCAGUUGACCAAUGCCAUCACGGAAACUGUCUUCGAGCAGGCACUGUCCCAGGCCCGUGCCUUGGAUCAUCAUCUCCAAAAAAUUGGAGAGCUUCAUGGGCCUCUACACGGCAUCCCUGUGACUGUCAAGGAUCAGUUCAAUGUGAAAGGGGUGGAUACUACGCUCGGAUACGUGGGCCGUUCGUUCUCGCCUGCGACUGAAGAUGCAGUCAUUGUACGGAUCCUCAAAGACAUGGGCGCGGUCGUGAUCUGCAAAACCAAUUUGCCCCAGACCCUCCUUUGGGCUGAAACGGAAAACCCGCUUUGGGGCCGGACAGUCAACCCGCGGAACCCCGACUUCAUCCCUGGUGGAUCUUCUGGUGGUGAGGGUGCCCUGCUGGCUCUACAUGGGUCCAUUUUGGGAUUGGGAUCGGAUAUUGGAGGAAGCAUUAGGAUUCCGGGAAGCAUGAAUGGAGUGUAUGCCUUCAAGCCGACGGUUAGUUCUGCCUCUGUGGAUUACUUGUUGCAGUCAUAUCUCCAGGGCGUUGCAGCCGCUUACCCGUCACAGAGUAGCAGGUUUCCAGCCAUCGGAGCGCCUGGGCCUAUGGAAGGUCAGGAACAUGUGCAUUUCGCGUUUGGCCCCAUGGCUCGUGAUAUGGAGUCACUGUCUUAUAUAAGCCGUCUGGUCGCGGGCUCGGAGCCCUGGGAACAGGACCCAAAGUGUGCUCCGCUUCCUUGGAAUGAGGCUGUUUUUCAGGAGGUACAGACGCGCCCUUUGGUGAUUGGAUUGAUCAAUGACGACGGCGUUGUCAGAGUGCAUCCUCCUAUUGAAAGAACUCUCCGAGACUUGGCGACCAAACUCAAGGAACAGGGCCAUGAAGUGAUCCCAUGGGACACAUCAGACCACCUCGAGUGCGCUCAACUCAUGGAUAAGUAUUACGUCGCAGAUGGGUUUGAGGAUAUCCUGAGAAACAUCAACGCUGCCGGAGAGCCAAUGAUCCCCCACGUGCAAGCGAUGGCCGAUCGGGCCCAGGGGAAAGCAUUGCCGGUGUAUGAAUAUUGGCAGCUGAACAAGAAGAAGGCGGCAUUGAGGCAAGCGUACCUUAGGAAAUGGACCACGGCUCGCUCUCCCUCUGGAAAGCCACUGGACGUCCUGCUAGGGCCGACAACUGCUCAUACUGCUGUUCCGCACCGGAAGCUGCGAUGGGUGGGCUACACCAAAGUUUGGAACUUGCUUGAUUACCCGGCCAUCAGUUUCCCGGUGGAUCAAGUUCGGAAAGAAGUCGAUAAGAAGCUGGAUGAUUACGAGCCACGCAAUGAGCUGGAUGCUUGGAACUGGGGCCUGUAUGAUCCAAACACCAUGAAUGGUCAUCCGGUCAGCUUGCAGGUUAUAGGGAAGAGACUUGAAGAGGAGAAGGUUUUGGGGGCUGCAACUGCCAUUGAGAGGGUAUGGAGGGGGGAGAAAUAA